AUGCUCCUGCUGCAGGAGGAGCUCGGACUAGAUCCUUUGUUUCUCCUGCUGCAGGAGGAGGAGCUCGGACUAGAUCCUUUGUUUCUCCUGCUGCAGGAGGAGCUCGGACUAGAUUCUUUGUUUCUCCUGCUGCAGGAGGAGAUCGGACUAGAUCCUUUGUUUCUCCUGCUGCAGGAGGAGCUCGGACUAGAUCCUUUGUUUCUCCUGCUGCAGGAGGAGCUCGGACUAGAUCCUUUGUUUCUCCUGCUGCAGGAGGAGCUCGGACUAGAUCCUUUGUUUCUCCUGCUGCAGGAGGAGCUCAGACUAGAUCCUUUGUUUCUCCUGCUGCAGGAGGAGGAGCUCGGACUUUAG